AUGCGAGAUCGCCUGCUUUUGUUGCUCAUUCUUGGUGUUGGCCUUAUAAAGAUUUAUGAAGAAUAUGACGAAGAAGAGGGAGAUGAAUUUGGGUCACCUGAUCCUAUAAAGCAUAAACACAGUCGGCGCGACACCUUUUCUGUGGUGAAUCAAAUGCCUCUGAAAGCACUAAGAGAGGAAACCGUUGAGGCGAUGCAUUUCGGAGGACGCAUUAAAAUGUCAGAAUGUAAAGACAUCCCGGAAGAGUGUUCCUGCAGGCGUCUAAAAUGCUUUGGAGAGGACAGCUGCCGGGAACAGUUGUCUGAGACUGUCAAUGAAGUGGGAUCCCAUGGCGCAAACAACCACUCGAAGCCGCUUAUUUGGAUCAAGAACUGCCGCCAAGCCAUUCUUCUUGGCGAACGACUGUGCGAAUGUCGGCGUUUUUUGUAUCAUAGGGAUGAAUAUGAUCAAAUGGAACAGGCAGCUAAUGCAGCGAUGGAAAUGCCAUCUGGUUCUGUCGAAAACUUGUCACUUUAA